AUGGACAAUAUUGAACAUCGGGAGCGUGUCGAAGCCCUGCAGCACGAUUUUCUUUGGCAAGAUGCCAUGUUCAGGGAAAUGGAAUAUCGUAAAGAAAAAACCAAUAGCGAAAUUGAGAAACGCAUAGAGUGGCAUGAGAAUGAAUUGAAGAAGGUUCGAAUAGAGCGCGAGGAAAAAGUCAACUAUGGCAUCUGGUAUGCGGCCGAGCUGAAGCAGAGACUGGAAAUCAUGGAGCGAGUCCAGCAGAAGCAAAAGACGGAAUUUGAGAAGAUCAAGAAGAACGGUGACGUCGUUAUUGCUGAGAACGUCAACCUGGAACGAGCAAUUGCUCGUAAGAAAGAUGAAUUGAGAUUUGCAAAACGGGAAACAGAGGAAAUCAACAGAAAGAGAAUUGAUGUUGCCAAUUGA